AUGGAGAAAAUCAUCUACGACUUCUACUCUGAUCUCUUCGACAGAAAUGUCCACUUGCCUCCUCACCAUCUAAGGGAAGACGGACAUGUCAUUCCAGAGGUUCUCCCGUCCGAAAUACGACAUGCCAUCAUGUCGGUAAGAAAUCGCACGGCACCCGGUCCCGACACAAUAAGACCAGAACACCUGGAGAGCCUUCCGCCAGUACUCAUCAACACCCUGGCGAGGCUCUUUACACGUUAUCUGUCGGAAUGCAAGGUUCCUAAACAGUGGAAGAUCAGCAAGACCGUAUUGCUGUAUAAAAAGGGAGAUCCACAUGACAUCGGCAACUAUCGUCCAAUCUGCCUACUGUCUGUCAUCUACAAGCUCUUUACAAGAGUGAUCCUUAAUAGGAUUGAAAAAGUCCUGGAUGAAGGACAGCCAUGCGAGCAAGCAGGGUUUCGAAAAGGAUUCAGCACGAUUGAUCACAUCCACACUGUUUCGAAACUCAUCGAGGUAUCACGAGAGUACAAAAUGCCGCUCUGUCUCACCUUCGUCGAAUUAAAGAGGGCCUUCGACUCAGUUGAGACGGAAGCGGUCGUGGAAGCCUUAUACAACCAAGGCGUCCCUACUCAGUACAUAAAGGUACUUCGAGAGUUGUACAGUAACUUCUCCUCCGAAAUUUCGCCAUUCUACAAGAACAUCAUCAUUGACGUGAAAAGAGGGGUCCGACAGGGUGACACAAUUUCACCCAAAAUAUUCACAGCCACCCUCGAGAACGAAAUGCAAAAGUUGGAAUGGGACGACAUGGGAGUGAAGGUUGAUGGUCGGCAGCUACACCAUUUGCGCUUUGCUGAUGACAUCGUACUGAUAACGUUUAGCAUCAGCCAAGCGGGACGAACGCUGACCGAUUUAGACGAAUCAUGUGGAUGCAUCGCCCUUCACCUAAAUCUGCAGAAGUCGAUGUUCAUGCGGAACGGAUGGGUUUCGGAUGCCCCAUUCACGCUCAAUGGAACGAACAUAUCCGAAUGCACCAGCUACGUUUAUCUGGGUCGGGAAUUGAACAUGAUGAACGACCUGAUUCCCGAGCUGGGCAGGAGGAGACGAGGCUUGAGGAGCAUACAAGAGCAUGUAUUGAAGAAGAGCAGGAACACCCGGCUCCGUGCUCACCUCCUCAACACCACCGUACUUCCUGCUUUAACCUAUGCUUCGGGAACUUGGGCAUUUCGCAAGCAGGAAGAAAACGCGGUGAGCGUCAUUGAACGCGCAAUUAAGAGAGUGAUGCUAGGAGUAUCCCGUUUCACGCAACUGAGGGAUUCGAAGUUCUCUCCUACGUCAGCGAUCGAAGAUUAG